AUGUUGCUCAAGGUGAUUCUGUUCUCGUUUUCAGUGCUGGCAGUUUCCAGUAAGAGUGUCCCUGGAUAUUUCGGAGACAACUUCGAGGAGCUCACGAGAGACAGGGAAGGCUUCAUUACCGGCGGUCAGGAUGCAGCUUCUGGGCAAUUUCCUCACGCGGUGUCCAUCAGAACCACUGCCAAUUCUCACUUCUGUGGAGGAUUCAUCCUGACCAAUCGAUGGGUGGGCACUGCAGCUCACUGCACGCUCAAUCGCACGCCAGAAAGCGUCUGGAUCAUCGUCGGGGCACUGCUGCUGAGCAGCGGCGGUACGAAUGUCUUCACCAAUCGCAUCGUCAACCAUCCGGAUUUCUAUCCCUUGGACGAAGCCGGAGACAUUGGUCUGCUUGAGACGCGAGAUCCCAUCAUCUUCUCCGCAACAGCUGCUCCAAUUCUCCUGGGAUCCAAUCACAUCGGUCCUGGCGUCGUGGCGACCGCGAUCGGAUGGGGAAGAACGUUUCACGGCGCUGAUACAUUCCCGGACACGCUGCAGUGGCUCACCAUGCACACCAUCACGAACGAGGACUGCUACCAGAGACUGCCCUCCAACGAUGCUCACAUCCUGCAGGACAACAUGGUGUGCGUCCUAACGGAGCCCGGCAAGGGCGUGUGCCAAGGAGAUUCCGGAGGAGCACUCUUUGUCGGCAACACUGCCAUUGGGGUAGCUUCCUGGAUAAUCGCACCUUGCGGCCAAGCAUUUCCCGAUAUGUUUACUAGAAUUUCCACCUAUUACAACUGGCUUCUCGUCCAAAUGGAGACUUAG